GUGGACGUCUCAGUUAUCUGGACUCUACAUCAGCAGCGGCAGCAGCUUACAUUAACAUCACUGCAUAGGGACUGCAACAACCGGCAAGCACAAUGAGUGAUGGGCAAAAUCCACUCCCUCCCUACAACAUAUCAGGUGGAGAUGCAGAUGUGAGGGUUUACAAAGCUCACACUCCCUUCAACUAUCAAGGAGGGAGUGCCAGUGCUGCUAAUGUUGCACCAGUGUACACCAGCGGAGGCGGUGGUGUUGGCUCAGGUCUGGAUACUGGUGAUGGCAAAAGCAGGUUUGUGAGCUACGACUCGGCGCUCGGGGAUUCUCCAGGAAUGACAACCUGCGCUUCUUGCCAGCAGCAGGUCAUGACCAACGUCACCUACAAAGCAGGGACAUACGCCUGGCUCAUGUGCUUACUCUUCAUCUGCUGCGGGUUGGUCCUGUGCUGCUGCCUGAUUCCUUUCUUUAUGAAGAGGUUCAAGGACGCCUACCACACAUGCCCCCGCUGCAACAGAGUGCUGCACGUUGAGAAGAGAAAAUGCUGUAAAUGAUGAGCACGACGGCAAAACAGAUCCAAUAGGAAUAUGACGCUACAUCCUGUUGGCGUGUGUGUGUUUGGGAUGUUUGAUUAUUUCUAUGGAUGUGCAAUGACAUUAGCCUAUUUGAAACCUAACAUACUACUAGCAAACAGACUGGGAGUGAUUGUAUGCUCUGACGAGUUAAACCGAAAAACACCCUUUUUGCACUUUUUGUAAGCUGUUUUUUUUUGUUUGUUUUAGCAGAACAAAACUUUCUUUUAUUCCUCUGUUAAUAUUCUGCAUACAUAAUGUUAUUAAAAAUGAAGGCUUGUACAUAAACUUUGAAACAACUGUAUUGUAAGAGAUUUUGGAUUUAAAUUAAAACCCAGCAGUCCCAUUUUUAGGGAUCUAAAAUACUCCUUAAAAACAAGCCAACACAAAACAUAGAACUAGAGAAUAAACUAAACCGCUGUGCCUCCUUUAAUGUCAUAUUUAUUUGUUUACAUCCAUAAAUUACUCUUUUAAUUCUAACGUGUUGGGAUGAUGGGCGAUAAUGAGCAGCAAGUUCAAAUAAGUUUAUAUAAUACUCAGCAGUGAUAGGCUGUUGAUAUGAUUAUCUUUAUAUAACUCUUUACCUCCAAAUAAAGAUGUGUCAUUUUAAUUUAUUACAAUGCAAAGAACAAUGCAAGAUGAAAGCAAGUCUACACCAUGAUGUGUUCAGUGAUGGUGACGAUUGCCACCAUGUUUGUUGAGUCCCCGAUCAAGACACUGCAUAUUCUGACUCCUUAAAAUGACCAUCUCUGUGUUACAAUAACAUCCACAGGAAAUGGAUUUUUGUCUGAUUCCUUUUUGUUCUAGCUUGUAUUAAAAAUGAUUUCAAGAAAGCAGGAAAUGCUACGAGGGAUUUGAUUCCUUUGCACAUAUUCCACUGGAUGAAACUGAGUGUUUGAACUUCUGUUAUUGCUAUUAUUAUCUAUUUUAUAUCAUUAUU